CAAAACUUGUUUCCGAUGUGGGACUCUGGCUUUUACCAAUUUUUCCUUUUUAAUAAUCAAACAUUUAUUAUUCCUUGUAGAAAACCUAAGAAAAUUAGUGUCGCAGCCGCAACAGCCGGAGAAAAAAAUGGCGACUACAACUUCGUCUUCUUCGUCGGGUCGCGAAUUCGAGCUUGAGAAGGAGAUAAAGAGGCAAGAGGUUUCGUUAGAUGAAUUGAGCAGUCUCUCUUCUUCUCGAAGUGUCUACCAGAAAAACGGCAACCUCUUCUUCCUCACAUCUACCGAGAAAGCGAAAACCUCUGCGCAGAAACAACUUGACUACGCUAAAUCUGAAAUCAACAAGAUUCGUUCGCAGACAUAAACAAUAAAGCUCUGUAGUUGCUGGAGAUCCAAAGAACUUCUUGAUACAAAGCUCACCUGUCUUUUUUUUUUUUAUGAUUGUAUUGCUUCAACUUGUUGAUAUAAUUGAUGCUAUAUCAAUUUUCAUUAGUUCGUGUAUGAUCUUUGAAUUGUCUUGGAAUUGGUUGCAAAUUACUUGAUUUUGAUAUGAUAAUCAGCUAUUCUGAUAGUAA